AGGGAGAAGUUACAGUACAGUAAUGUGACCCUUUCUGUGUGGACUUUGAGUAGAGUGGGGAAGGUGAUGUGUGGAAUAUAAGACAACAAGGAAAGAUGGCACAGGCUCCUCAGAGGCAUGAGAAGCCCAGCUGGACCAGGGAAGAGUUGAGCUGCCUACUGGUUGGUGAUGGAGCUGUGGGGAAGACCAGCAUGAUCAUCAGCUACAUCUUCAACGGAUACAACAGCGAGUACAGGCGGACUGCUUUUGACGUGUUUACUGGAUUGGUGCAUGUGAAUGGAGUCCAAACACGGCUCAAAUUGAUAGAUACAGCUGGACAGGAGGAGUUUGGCCAUCUUCGCUCCCUGUGCUAUGCCCACGUGGACGUCUUCAUCCUGUGCUUCAGCCUCGUCAAUCCUGUCUCUUUUGACAACAUCACUUCCAAAUGGAUACCACAGAUCCGUGCACGGAACACAACUUCUCCUAUCAUUCUGGUGGGGACCCAGUCCGACCUUCGCUACAAUGUGGACGUCCUCAUUCAUCUGGACCAGCGGUGUGCCAAACCGGUGGGUCCGCGCCAGGCCAAGAGGCUGGCACGCCGCAUCCGAGCUUAUGACUACAUUGAGUGUUCAGCUCUGACCCAACACCUCCUCAAAGAUGUCUUUGACUGCGCCAUUUUUGCCGCAAUCAAGCAAAAGCACAAUAUUGCAAAAAGCAAAAAGCUAACUUUGGUUCGGUGCCUUAAGACAUUUUAUGAUUGUGGAUGGAGGAAAAUGUUCAAAUUGAUGUGAGAUGACUGGA